GCCAUCAGUCAACCUCGCACCAUCAGCCACCAUUGUCGACCGCAACCUUUUCGUACUGGUGUGUCUUCGAUGGACACAAGCCACGAUAACGGGACGCGGUAGACUCGAAAGCGGCCGCCUUCCUGCCACGAUCAAACAUUCGUCCAUCGCUACCCGGGAUGAAGCUGCUCGACAUGCGCUUGCCCGCCCUAGCGGCGCUGGCCAUGUUCGCGUCCAUGGCCAUGAGCGAACACACGAGCAACUGGGCUGUGCUGGUGUGCACGUCGCGAUUCUGGUUCAACUAUCGGCACCUCGCCAACGUACUGUCCAUGUACCGGACCGUGAAGAGACUGGGCAUCCCGGACUCGCAGAUCAUCCUGAUGCUGCCGGACGACAUGGCGUGCAACCCGCGCAACGCGUUCCCCGGAACCGUGUACAGCAACUCGGAUCGCGCAGUGGAUCUGUACGGCGACAACAUCGAAGUGGACUAUCGCGGGUACGAGGUGACGGUGGAGAACUUCAUCCGGCUGCUGACGGACCGCGUGGGCGCCGAGAUGCCGCGCAGCAAGCGCCUAUUGACCGACGACCGGAGCAACAUCCUCGUGUACAUGACGGGCCACGGGGGAAACGAGUUUCUGAAAUUUCAGGAUGCCGAGGAGAUUGGUGCAUACGACCUCGCGGACGCGUUUGAGCAAAUGUGGGAAAAGAAGAGGUACCAUGAGAUUCUCUUCAUGAUCGAUACCUGCCAGGCGAACACCAUGUACAGCAGGCUAUAUUCACCAAACAUCAUCGCCACCGGCUCCUCCGAGCUAGACCAGUCCUCGUACUCGCACCAUGCCGACAACGAUGUCGGCGUCGCCGUCAUCGACCGCUAUACGUACUACAACCUGGAGUUCUUAGAGAGCCAAGUUCAGGAUCUGAACAGCCCCAAGACGGUGGGUGAUUUGUUCGACAGCUACGACUAUGAGAAGAUCCAUUCCCAUGCCGGCGUCCGAUACGACCUGUUUCCCGGAGGGGCAGAGGCGGCUCGCAGCAGGCUCAUCACCGACUUCUUUGGCAACAUUCAGAACGUCGAAGUGGACCGCGCCAAGGAUUCGGCGCUGGAGGAGCAGCUCCUGGAGCUAAGCAAGAUGAUCUCCUCGUUGAGAGAAAAGGAUGCUGAGGAAGACGGAGCGAGCAAGAACGUGACGUCUGUUCCCGCUAGCAUGCCGACGGAACCCGCCAAGAAGCUUCAGGGAGCAACAGCGCUGACAGAGGAUAACUGGUGGACCAAGAAGGUCGUUGGGGCGUCGGCCCUGGCUGGAUGCGCUCUGCUUUGGGGGCUGGGAUCGUUCUUGGAAUGAGAGCACUCGUUCGACGUGCGUUUGUUGAACUACGGGACGUGGUUCAGAGGCUCCUUGAUGCAAGUCAUCGAUUCCUUGGGGCCGGGGUCAAGGUCUGUUCGACAAGGCGGGCGGACUCUGAUGGCGAGCUUGACCAUCACAUCAAGGACCUUCGUGGUGUUCAGGACUGAUUUGGUGUAUUUCAGCGUAAUGCAAGGGUGCUUUCUGCAUUGUUUGAAGAAUCAUGGGAUGCAUGCAGUCUACGCUUGGUAUUUUAUCACUUAGCAGAAUAUACCGGAACGUGUUUAUA